GACGCAGACUGAUUCCGCAGCCAUCCGGGAAUCUCAGCGAAUAUAAAAUGCAAGCAGAAUCACCCGUAUCAUUCGAUAUCAAAUUCAGCAUCAUAACUCACUUCAACGGUCAAUCGCUUCGACAAUCACCUUACAAUCGAAACCUCUUCUCUAUUCAAGAUGCUCUUCAUCAACACUAAGACAUUGAUGUCAACCCUUCUUGCUAUUAGCGCAAUUUCUACUGGGCUGUGCGCUCCUACCUCCAACUCUGUAGAUGCAAUCGCAGUCCGAGAGAUCUCCUCGACAGCUCCCCUCGACAUGGGUAUUGAUCUCUCCGACAAGGCUGGCGUAACUCGCGCAAUUACUCAGCGCGACGCCGCCAAUGAUGUCCAUCUGGCCAAACGCUACCUCAUCGGCUCUCCAUACCAGAAGCGAACGAUUCAAGUCGGCUUGAAGAAGGCUGUACACGGCCUUGCAGCGGGUACCACCUGGCUUUGGGAGAUCAGCUACAGAUACACCACCACCAACGGAGGCAAAGAAGGGCAUGUGGCUGGCAAUCUUGUUAAAGGCGACGGCUCAUUUGCUUGGGGCCCGUUCAAAAUCGACCAGAGUUUCGUCAACAGCGUCGAUGGCAUCGUGACAGCAACAUUCAACGCUGUUGUCGCAAGAACAAACGAGAAGAUUCAGUUUGUCCUGACUUGGGCUGAGGAGUUCACCUCCACAGGUGCAACUCUGGAGGAUCAUGGUAGAUCCAGCUUUUUUACUUACUUCUCUGCCAACGGCCGCCAGGAACGUUUGGGCCAGGAGUUUUUCGAGUACGGCUUUAAGCAGAGCUAGACGAUUUGGAGAGAUCUCAGGCUAUACCCCGUGAUGGGAGUUAUGGCAGUCGCGAACCCCCACACUCAUUUGGCGGCGGUCUAUGAGACGCGCAUUUACACUCCUUUGUUAGCAGAUAAUUUUUGGCUCUUAGAAAAAGCGUUUGAACACUGUUGUGUAAUAUACCUGUACAUGUCUUAGUGCAGCUACAUAAAGGCGCGAAC